CCUGUCUCAUAUCAUUAUACCUUAACCAAGCUCCCUCUGUUAUCUUCUAUCCUGAAAAUGGCUUCCAUCUUCGGCUCCCCACCAUUUCUCUCCCACCCCAUUACAAAGCCUCACUUCUCUUCAUCAUCACAAACGCCACCUCCUCCACCAACUCCACCUUCGCAGCCUCAAUCCCCAACACCAUCUCCGCAGCUAACUACCUCUUCAUCGGAGCAGCAACCGCCAGUCUCUGUUAAAGUGGAACAACAGAAACCCAAAAAACGCUCCACUGUUGACUCCACAGACUGGAUAGCUUCCUCCUUAACCAGGCGCUUCGGGCUCGGUGCGGGCCUUGCGUGGGCUGCCUUCCUCGCUGUUGGUGUAAUCUCUGAACAGGUUAAGACCCGCAUUGAAGUCUCCCAGCAAGAAGCAGAUACCAGAAAUGUCGAUACGGAAGAGGAGGUGGUGUUGCCUAAUGGCAUAAGGUAUUAUGAAGUGAUAGUUGGUGGGGGGGCUUCUCCAAGGCCAGGAGACUUGGUUGUGAUCGAUCUCAAGGGAAAGGUACAAGGCAGUGGGGAAGUGUUUGUGGAUACAUUUGGUGGUGAGAAGAAGCCAUUGGCUCUAGUAAUGGGGUCUAGGCCAUACAGCAAGGGAGUGUGUGAAGGAAUAGAAUAUGCAUUAAGAUCUAUGAAGGCAGGGGGUAAAAGGAAAGUGAUAAUUCCUCCCAGUUUGGGAUUUGGGGAGAAGGGAGCAGAGUUAGGUCCUGGUGUGCAAAUUCCUGCUUUUGCAACGCUUGAGUACAUUGUUCAGGUUGAUAAAGUCUCCAUUGCACCGGCUUGAAUUUGAGUGUCAUUGGGUAGUUUAUGACCAAAUGGUUCUUUGUAGAUAACAUAUAUUUUAUACCCCCCCUGCAUGAUUGUUUAUCAUUUGCUCUUGGCUCGGCAUGUCUUGAGAGAGAAAUAAAGAGAGAAUCUUUGAUGCAUUCAAAACUUGAGGCAAAUUUUUUCGAACAAGGGGAUAAUGAUGCACAAAUUGACGCAUCACCAAUUAAUAGUGUUUCAGCUCAAUCAUCAACCGGGAGUUCCAUGUCAACGGGAAUUCAAAUCUUCAUCAAGGGUUUAUUAAAGCUCUAAAUUAUUGAGAUGAGAUUCUCUUUUAAAGGUACGACUCUUUUAUUUAUUUAUUUUUGGCUGUGAAACUCUGCCAAACUUUAUUAUCGACUAAUAAAACUCCGUUCAACAUAAAAUUUAGAUACCUUUUCUUU